UCUGUGCAGUACUAGUUUUCUGUCAUUCGUUCAAAACAGAAGUGCGGUGGGUGGGAAAAUUCCAAAAAAGAUCGUAAAAAUAAAUUUAGUGAGGAUUUUCUUUGAACAACAGAUUUUAAACUAUCUUUUCAAAUCAUAAUGUCCCUUUUGGCACUGCGUCCUCUGCUGGCUAGAAAUCGCUUUAGUACCCUCCACCUGAUUCGCAUCGCUGGAGCGAUUCCAGUGCCCAAGCAGAGCCGAUGCUACGCGACAGCAGAAAAAAGGGAAACGUCCCUGUCGGCCGGCUCGGACAGGACUGACGUUUCUACAGAUGUACGACCACUGGGCGAACGAGUGAAGGAGAACACCAAAACCGCCAGCUAUAUGGGAGUGAUCGUGCUGGGAGUUGGGGUCACGAGCGUGCUUUUCUAUGCGAUUUUCAAGGAGCUGUUUUCGUCGAACAGUCCGAACAAUAUCUAUACGGAAGCACUGGAGAGGGUGAAGGAUGAACCCAAGGUAAAGGAUGCUUUGGGCGCUCCCAUCAAAGGUUUUGGCGAGGAAAGUCGGAGAGGUAGGAGAAAUCACGUGGCCCACACGACUUAUGUGCGAGAUGGCGUACAGUACAUUAGAAUGCAGUUCUAUGUGCAAGGAAUUAGGAACAAAGCCACCGUGCAUUUAGAAAAGAGAUUGAACGAUUCCGGUGAUUAUGAGUAUAGAUAUUUAUUUGUUCAAUUGGAUUACUAUCCACACAGUACGAUUAUUCUGGAGGACAACCGUCUUCAACAGGACGCCAUGAAGAAUUUACCUAGUUUGCAAUCUAUCGUUUGAAGAGUUUUCACGCGUAGCUGCCGCCAGUCUAUUUCUUGUUUUUGUAAAUAUAUUAGGCUUUUAAUGUUUCCUCUUGCUUUGAAUAAGAAAUUAAUAUUUCUGUUUACAGU